GGGAAACUAUUCACACAAACUCCAACACAAACAGAUAGAAAAGUAUUUCUUCUCUACCGCCUUGUGUUCCAAGCGGCUCUCCCGGACCGUUACCUGCCAGCUUGAUAGCAAUCCACCGACAGAGUUCUACUCUCGAAUAAGAAGCUUUUUAUCCCCCUCGUUUGCAAGCAUUGAUAUUUCCUCCAAGCCCAACACUGAGACAAGACUUGUUCGAAUCUGCGCCGUUGGCACUAAGCUCUACAGAGAUUUCCCGGAUUUCCCCGGUGAAAGAGAAACAAACAAUUCUUCGGAACUUCCGAAAGGACUGGACACUUUUAUUUGGGGUGAUAUCUAACACAGUCUUUUAUCUCUUCUUUCUGAUAUUUGCUAAACUUCUCAAGUAGCAGUGAUUGGCUGUACUGGGAACUUUACACUGUUGUGUAUUGUUGAAUUGUAAUAUCUAGCUUAAAGGAAUCGUGCAAAUGUUUAUUGAUUGUGUUACCACAAUGCUUUUAGCCUAAUGUUGUAGACAAAGAGGUGGGCAGUAGGUAACCCUUUCCCAAAUUUGCUGCCUCAGAGAGUGCAUUCUUGCUGGGGAUAAUUUGAACUACAAAAAGUUUCUGACUGGGCACAGUCUUACAUUUUGCAGCCCGAGCGUUGCUACUUUCCAAUUGUACCUUAGGUCAAUUUCAAGUUUGUUCCUUGGCAAACUCUUGAAAUGGCAGCAAGUUUGGCUCUCAAUGGGAUCGCAGCCCCAGCCCUCUCGGUUCCUGAACAAACUGUGGCUCUUCAAAUUGGCACUUGCAGUCCAGCAGAGAUGUUGGAUCGGGUUAGAAAGACGCAGGUGUACAUCCUGUCUGGGGUCUCCAGGCAGGUGGAGAAUGAACUGAAAGGGUUCAAGAGGUCAGUGCAGAGGUUAAGUUCCAAUAUUAAUGAUCAGUCCCCGGUAGUUGGAAUUCAGAGAUGGAAACGCUCCAUAAAGGCUUGUCUGUUGAGGUGCCAAGGCACCUUGGUCAACUUAGAGAGGUGGGUGAAGAGGGAGAUGAACUCAUGGAGAGGCGUGUUCUCUCGUUUUGAAAAAAUGGUCAGCAAGGACAACUUGUGCAGGACAUGUCAGAUGGAGGAGAAGCAUAGGAGGUCUUUUUAUGGAGAGAAAAGUGAUAAGGAGAAGGAGGCAGAAGCAUCUCAGGAGAUAGUUGACCCUUAUGCCCCCAGCCCACCAUUAUCACCUCCACCACCCCCACCUCCCCUACCAGCCCAAACAUGCCACCCACACCACUGGGUGGUGAUCUCCGUUGACCUUCUCUCAUCGCCCGAGUUCGAUGCCAAAAUGUCAGAGGAUCCCCGUGAGUUCCUGGUGAAUCUAGAGAAGUACUUUAAGCGCAGUGGGUGGAAUGAGAAAAUUUGGUUGUCACAAGUAGACAACCAUUUGAAGGGCGCAGCCAAAAAGUGGUGGGAGUAUAGACAGGAGACAGUAGAAAGUUGGCAUGAUUUCAAGGUGGCUUUCCUGCAGUACUGUGAAAGGAUUUUGGUCAGAGAGGCCAUCAAGAGGGACUUAGAUCUUCCCCAGAGGCGCUGGGAACCACUAGAGCAGUUUGUAUGGAAGAAAAGAGCCCUGUAUCACAGGCUUUAUGCAGAAGCCAAUGAGGAAGAGAUGAUCCGAUACAUCAUUAGCACUCUGCAUCCUGAGAUCAGGCGUUUCCUGAAGCCCCCUUUCCCCAAAACCAUGGAUCAGCUAGUGCAGAUGGGAAAAGAAAUCCAGUUUGACUUUGAGCAGUCGGAGAUGCAGACUCUGAAAGCCUCUUUCUCCGAUGAGCAAAUUAGCAGCAAACUCAAUGUCAUUGUCACAAAAGACCCUUACGACAGCAACAACUUAAAAGACCCUUACGACAGCAAUAACAUUAAAGACCCUUACGACACCAAUAACAUUAGUGACCCUUACGACAGCAAUAACAUUAGUGACCCUUACGACAGCAACAACACUAGUGACCCUUACGACAGCAAUAACAUUAAAGACCCUUACGACAGCAAUAACAUUAAAGACCCUUACGACAGCACCAGCAUUUGCACAGAGAAAACCGAAUUUGAGUAGAAAAGUUUCCUGGGAUGUGUUGGGAAAAUGUUGAUCAAUCUCUGCUGAGAUAUGGAUGCUCUUGAAUGAAAUACACCUUUGAGACAUUACAUUAGACAGUGAGUUUAGUCUGAGUGCAUUGAGAAAUACUCUAGUCAUUUUGCAAGUGUGUUCCCUGCAUGGUGCAGAGACACAAAGAAAGUUGCAACGAAGACGAGUGACAAUGCUAUUAGACAGUAUAAAGUUUGGGACAGGGUCUAGAUGUUUAUCACACCAUCCUAGUUUAGUUAUGGCAAUGCUGAUAUAGCACUUACAAUACAAGGUAAUCUUUUUGCAAUACAUUUUUGCUACUUUUGUUUUGUUAAAGCAGAAAACUACAUUUAAAGUUUCAUAACAUGGUAUUUAACAUUACAGCUGAACUAAUGACUUAUUUCAGACCUAAGCAUCUUGCUGCAAUACACUCGGUGCAGCUGAGGUUGUAGCGGAUGUACAGGACACAUUGCCCUAUAUCUAGCCUGAAAGUAAACGGUAGUUGCUUUUAAAAGGACCCCAUAUAGUAAAUGGAGCUUGGUUAAAGUUUGUGAAUUUGUCGCCAGAAUCUGGUGUCACAAAUUUGGGUGCAUUGUAUAGUACAUUGCAGGUUAUUAUCUGAGCAGGCACCCAGUGAGAGCAUUUACUGUAUGUCUGGGACUGUUUAAAUGAUCUUCUGCCUUCUCCCUUUACAUUUCAGGGUAAAUGGCAAAAGGAAGAAUGUUCACCGUUUGUUCAGUUUUAAGAGCAUUAUUUUUACAUACUGUAUAUAAUGAAUAUGUAAAUAAAGGGGGGGAAAGUAUUUUUGAUAUUUAUCAAAUGUCAUCUACUUAAAGAUUCUUAUUGUACAUAUGAUAAACGCAAUAUACAGUAUUGUACAUACAGUAGAGAAAUGAAACAAAACUUAAAGUGCAUGACGACUUUGUAAAAUAACUUUGCAUUUUACCACAAAAGCAAUAGUGUACUUCUACUAUUUCAUAUCUCAAGAAGUAAUCACCGUGUACCAAUGUUACAGAUAUUGUAAAUUUUCUUACUAUCACCUUUGAAACUGUCAUGUGGUCUCAGUUGUAAAUAUGAUACUUCCGGUGUUUUAGACACAGGUACAAUAUAUAUGUGUGAGAUCAUGGUAGCAUUUUUUUUCUAAAGCAAUGUCAAACCAAAAUAUAUGAAUGUCACCUGAAGUUAGGUCAGUUCUAGAACUUCACAAAUGCAAGUCUCUACCUGGACACUGAUAAAAAAAAAAAACUGGAUUAUGCAUUCACUGUAUGUUUGUGGACAUUUCAACUCCUUCACUAAGUUCAAAUUCAACGGUUCCAGUGGAUGGUUCCAUGAGAUUCUUUAAGAAUUUAGGAUGUUACGCCAAUUCAGCAACCCAUGUUCUGUAACUACACCGAACCCGCUCAUCUCUACUACAAAGUAGAUAUGAAUGGCAUGAAAUCUUGGCUAGGCCAACUAUUGACAUUAUUUGAACCGCUCUGUCAUAUCAAAAGGACAAUGUGGAAUGUAGGACUCAGUCAACUUCACUCAGGAAUAUCUACGACCUUCAGGAGUUCUUGACAAUCAUGACAGUUGUAGUCACAUCAAGGCCACCUUCUUAUUGGCUCAGGAGCCCAGUCUGUCUAUGUUGGGUUCUUAUGGAGAAAACACUACAACACGCUGGAUGAGCAACCAGUGAAGGCCUCGCCCCAGUGCUUCACCCACCUGAGGCCAAUUAGUGGGUCCACCUUCUUCUGCAACACCUGAAGCCCAUGGACAUCCAGGGUCGAUGGAGAAAGAGGCCCGCAGUCUAACAAUAUAGCAGAACAAAGAGCUACCAUUGGGUUCGGUUUCCCUGCACAUCAAGGACAUUUGUGCCACCAUGUGUCCUGCCCAUCUCUGGUCUUCUGACCCAAAGCUUCAGAUAAUUAUGGUCACCAGCCACCAGAUACCAAGUGACCCACCUGGAAGAGAUUCCCCGACAGUUACUCCUGUGUGCUCAUGUCAUCCACUUUAGAUAUUAAAAAAUAUUGAACUUGAGAAACUUAUGAGGAACGUUGACAACAAAGACUAUGAAUGGACAGCUGAUAAAAAUGAAACAGUAGCAAUUUUGCCUAUAUUCUCUACUGUCCUUCACCACCCUCAGACCUCAAAUAAGGUCCUUCUCGCACCUCGUAAGAUUGCAGGACAUACUUACUAUUGCUCAAAUGUAUUUCAUCUAAGUGUUUCCUAUUUAUACAGCAGGGAAGACUGAAUGUCAUUGCUUGUAAUGUCACCUUCUUAUUACCUCAAUGAUAACGAACCAGAAUGUAUCCCUGAAAAAACAAAAUGACAAGGAUGGUACUUUUUUAUGGAAAAAAGUGACCUUAGACUGAAAGCCUUAUCAGGUGGAUAACAAGAUGAGACCGAUUCCAUGUUUUAUAUGAAAUAUCACAGUUUUGUCUAUAAUGUUUGAAAGCACAUUGCGUUUUAUCCAAAGAGAUCGUGUAAUGAUUACAAAAGCCAUAUUGUGUCAAUGUACAAAUGAUUGUUUGUUAAUAAAAUGCUAAAUACACUGUAUGAAA